AUGACUGAUCUCGAUGACGCACACAUUUCUGUGCGCUUCAAGCAUGGCAUCCAUACCAUCUACCUCUUUAUCGACGCCCUCGCACCCUUCUCCAACGUCACCGCCGAACUUACCAGCGUCAUAAGUGAGCGAUACCCCCAGGGUCUUACCACGUCCAUCUCACCUCCCAAGAACACUCAUGUCGACGAGAACUCGAUUAUUGUGUACGGCGCAUUGAAGAUUCCGAAUGAUCUCUCGUCGGGAUGGGUGAAGCUCAAGACGGGGGACGGAGAGAGCACGCCUACAAAAUUGGGAUUGAAGAAUAAUAGCUUGCUUGUGUUUGCUGUGGCGAAGCAUGAGAAGGACGAUCCCGAGUUUGAGGUGGAGUGGCCGCAAGAGGACGAAGAGAUUUAUGAGGAAUGA